AUAAGCUUGAUGUGUCUCCCGGAGUUGAUCCUUUCCAGCCCAACUCCAGACUCCUGUUACCUCCUUAGUUUGCUGUCGAAGCGAUAAACGCUGCUUUGCAAAUGAAGUAUAUCUUUGGUCCUUGAGGCGCACUUUCUGGGCUCUCCUAUGAGAAAAACCAUGAGAACACGGUCCAAUUCACCUCCAAUUCAUGUGCACAUCAGUGAUGCCAUGCCAGUGCACGUGCACGUGGAGAGCCAGAGGAGUCCUGCCAGGACGCCUCAGGGGAAGACUACGGUUGGCAGAGCAGACCUUCGUCCUACAGCUAAGGUCAAAACCCGAGGUCCGUGGAUCACACCAGGAAAGGCCUCAUUACGGGACUCUACUUACAAAUGGGAGGGGCCGACGCACCGCCUUGAGAUCACACCGCCCGUCCCAGCACCUGAAAGCUCACAGUCGGCACUUCAGUUAGCUGACCUGGCAUCAGAGGAGGGAGAAGACCUACACGGACGAAUCAGCCACUACGAGAGGAAGGUCGACAACUUACUGACUGAAGUCAGCUCUCUAAAAAAUGAGGUUGAAUUGCGAAAGAAGGAACAGCUGCUGGAGCGUCAGUCGGAGCAGCUCAGUGUGUCCCAGCGGGUGAUCGCUGAGCAGGAGGAGGAGCUGGCUGAGGUGACCAAGGAGCUGGAGGAGACAGAGUGGGAGAACAGCAGGUUACGGCUUUCCAUGGAGAAGAUGCUGGAGGAGUGUGACUACAACAGACUGCACAGGGACAGUUUGCAUCAGGACAAAGAUUCUCUACUCAGGAAACUGACGGAGGCUGAGGUGGACGGAGCAGCAGCUGCCAAGCAAGCCUCAGCCCUGCGAGAGUCUGUUUCUAAACUGUGCGCUGCUGGUAGCAGUAGGCCGUCUGGCUCUGAGUCUUCAGUCUUGGCCCGUCAGAAGGAGCUGUUGCUGCAGAAACUGGAGACAUUUGAGGCCACAAACCGAGCACUGCGGCACCUUCUCAGAGAGCAGCAUGAGUCCCAGAUGGAAUCCCUCCAACUGUCAGAGAAGAAGGACGAAUUACUGAAGAGACUGGCAGACACAGAGGCUGAAAAUGCUCAUCUUGUUGUUAAACUCCAAGAGAAAGAGAGAGAGGUUAAUCAACUCAGCAAACUCUUAGAUAAUGAGAAGGACAAUGCCAAGAGCACAGCUGAUUUCUCAAAGAGUCUGGAGUCAACAAGAGCUCAUUUACAAGGACAGCUCCGCAGCAAAGAAGCUGAGAACAAUCGGCUUACUGUGCAGAUAAAGAACCUGGAACAAGCAGCCAAUCAGCAGAAGGCAAAGAUGAAACAUCUGACAGAACAGCUUUCAAGACUGAAGCAGCAGGCCGGCGCAGACCGAGAGGCUCUGAAAAGAGCCACACAGGCCCAGAAACAGCGAGCUGAACGCAGCGAGGACGCUGCAGGCCAGCUCAGCAUCCAGCUGCUGGACAUGGAGAAACAGGUGGCAGAUGCCCUGUCAGCAGCUGAAACAUGGCAGAGUCACCAUGCACAAGCAGCAAAAGACAAGAGUAAACUGGAGGUUGAAUUCUCGCUAUUGAACAGCCGUAUAGCAGAGCUGACCGAGCAGCUUCAUAGUGCGAAGGAUAAAAGCAGAGCAGAGAGAGAAGCGCUGCUGGAUCGUCUCCAUGAAGUCACCUCGGAGAGCACUGCUGCCAAACUGGAGAACCAGUCCCUCAAGGCUACAGUGUCUGCAGUGGAGGAGAAGCUGUCCUUUUCUCAGUCAGAGCUUCAACAGGUCAAAGCUUCCAUCAAACAGUAUGAGUGCCUGCUGGACAGUUAUAAGAUACAGGUGGGGAAAACCCGGGCUGAGGCAGAUGAGUACUGUGCUCGCCUGGCUCAAGCAGAGCAGGAGGCCAUGGCGGUGCGGGGGGAGCUGGAGAAGGAGAUAGCUGAAGCACGCAGGGAGCUUCUGGGACGGCUGGCAGAGCUGGAGCCUCUUCCUGAAGCCUUAGAGCGCUCCCAGCUACAGCUGCAGGAGGCUCAGGACAGGGAGCGCAGCCAGGAGAAACGCAGCUUGGAGCUCAGCACAAAUCUGACUGAUCUCCGCAUGAAGGUGGAGACCCAGAGCAGCCAGAUGGAGCUUCUUAGACAGAAGAACAAGGUGCUGCUGGAGGAGAACAGACAGCUUCAGCAGCAAGUGGAGAGUUUGGAAAGAAAGUUAGAGGAGGCUGGCAGUCAGAAUAGCGACCUGCAAGCAGUCAUUGCCAAACGGGAAGAGACGGUCCAGAGCAAUCAGCUCCGUCUAAAAGAAAAAACAAGGGAAUGCUCCCUGUUGAGCCGGAGGCUGGAGGACGCUCUGGAUGACGCUCGCCAACAAGGUCAAAUAUUUAGUUACUCCUCAGCCUCCUUCGGUAAUAACAGUACUUGUAACAAAUAUAGCCUGUUUGUACCUUUGGAGGCCAGGCUCAGGGAUUUGGAGAGCCAGCUCCACACCCUGGAAAAUCCUGUAGCUGCCCAGGCCCCUGUAGACCAAGGUAGCUUAGCCACCGUUAGCUCUACCCCAGCAGAUCCCGAGCAGAUGUCAGAGACCAGAGAACGUGUUGCCAGCAAACAGCAGUCCACCCAGUCCAAAAUACUGGACCUAGAAACCCAACUCAGCAGGACUACCUCAGAAAUCAACCAACUGAGACGGAGCAAAGAGCAGAUGGAGCGGCGGUACCAGAGCCAGCUGCAGGAUUUCAAGGAUCGCCUGGAGCAGUCAGACAGCACCAACCGAAGCCUGCAGAACUACGUCCAGUUCCUCAAAGGAUCUUAUGCCAGUGUGUUUGGAGAUCUUUCCUUCAGCGGCUCUCCGCGAGCCCCCUCACCCAUCUGACUGCACAUAUUCCAAAAUAGUGGCAUGACCUAAGCGUGUUACUUUUGUUUAGCAGAGCUGUGAGGAUCCCACUUUGAACCAUCUGGAUGAAGAUCAACAGUAUCUGAAGGCUGCUCGUGAGGCUUUUGGAAUAUAAAGCUGUGGUUUAUAUGGAAAUCAUUUGUCAGUGAAUUACAGUUUUUUGUUGUAGUCAGAAAACUACCUGUCGGUCUUUAAUGACUGAGACAAUGCAAUUAAAGAUGGGAUUGGUAUUCA